GGGGGAGAGGGGGAGAGGGGAUCUGUUGCAGGCAGGGGAAGGCGUGACCUGAAUGGAGAAUGCCAGCCAAUUCCAGAGACACACAGGGACCUCAGAACAAAGAUAAGGCAUCGCUGACACCACACCGGGGACGAGCUCUCAGACAAGUCAGGCCGGGGGGACCAGGCAGCCAGGAGUACCCAAGGCAGGAAAAUGAGGUGGCUCCUUCUCUCUCAUGCUCUGUGCUUCUCCUUGUUGAAGGCUUUGGCCCACAUAGUGGAGCUUAGCAAUAUGUUUGGCCAGAUUCAGUCACCUGGCUAUCCAGACUCUUAUCCAAGUGAUUCAGAGGUGACAUGGAAUAUCACUGUCCCAGAGGGAUUUCGGAUCAAGCUUUACUUCAUGCACUUCAACUUGGAAUCCUCUUACCUUUGUGAAUACGACUAUGUGAAGGUAGAAACUGAAGACCAGGUGCUGGCAACCUUCUGUGGCAGGGAGACCACAGACACAGAACAGACACCUGGCCAGGAAGUGGUCCUCUCUCCUGGCUCCUUCAUGUCUAUCACUUUCCGUUCAGAUUUCUCCAACGAGGAGCGAUUCACAGGCUUUGAUGCCCACUACAUGGCUGUGGAUGUGGACGAGUGCAUGGAGCGGGAGGACGAGGAGCUGUCCUGUGACCACUACUGCCAUAACUACAUCGGCGGCUACUACUGCUCCUGCCGCUUUGGCUACAUCCUCCACACAGACAACAGGACAUGCCGAGUGGAGUGCAGUGACAACCUCUUCACACAGAGGGCUGGCGUGAUCACCAGCCCCGACUUCCCCAGCCCUUACCCUAAGAGCUCCGAAUGUGUCUACACCAUUGAGCUGGAGGAGGGUUUCAUGAUCAGCCUGCAGUUUGAGGACAUUUUUGACAUUGAGGACCAUCCUGAGGUGUCCUGCCCCUAUGACUACAUCAAGAUUAAAACCGGUCCAAAAGUUCUGGGGCCCUUCUGUGGAGAGAAAGCCCCAGAACCCAUCAAUACCCAGAGCCACAGCGUCCAGAUCCUGUUCCGCAGUGACAACUCAGGCGAGAACCGGGGCUGGAGGCUGUUGUACAGGGCAACAGGGAAUGAGUGCCCCAAGCUGCAGCCUCCUGUCCAUGGGAUAAUUGAUCCCUUGCAAGCCAAGUACUUUUUCAAAGACCAGGUGCUCAUCAGCUGUGACACAGGCUACAAAGUGCUGAAGGAUAAUGUGGAGGUGGACACAUUCCAGAUCGAGUGUCUGAAGGAUGGGACAUGGAGUAACAAGAUUCCCACCUGUAAAAUUGUGGACUGUGGAGCCCCGGCAGAGCUGGAAAACGGGCUGGUCACAUUUUCCACCAGAAACAACCUUACCACAUACAAAUCUGAGAUCAGAUACUCCUGCCAGCAGCCCUACUACAAGAUGCUGCACAGUAUCACAGAUGUAUAUACAUGUUCUGCCCGAGGAGUCUGGAUGAACGAAGUCCUGGGGAGAAGCCAGCCUACCUGCCUGCCAGUGUGUGGUCAGCCCUCCCGCUCCCUGCCAAACCUGGUCAAGAGGAUCAUCGGGGGCCGGAAUGCUGAGCCCGGCCUCUUCCCAUGGCAGGCCCUGAUCGUGGUGGAGGACACCUCAAGGGUGCCCAAUGACAAGUGGUUUGGGAGCGGGGCCCUGCUCUCUGAGUCGUGGAUCCUUACAGCAGCCCACGUGCUGCGCUCCCAGCGCAGAGACAACACGGUGACACCGGUCUCCAGGGAGCACGUCACCGUCUACCUGGGCCUGCACGACGUGCGGGACAAACUGGGGGCUGUCAACAGCUCGGCCGCCCGAGUGGUGCUCCACCCAGACUUCGACAUCCAGAACUACAACCAUGACAUCGCUCUGGUGCAGCUGCGGGAGCCCGUGCCCCUGGGGCCUCACAUCAUGCCCGUCUGCCUGCCGCGGCCCGAGCCCGAAGGCCCAGCACCCCACAUGCUGGGGCUGGUAGCUGGUUGGGGCAUCUCCAAUCCUAACGUGACGGUGGACGAGAUCAUCAGCAGUGGCACGCGGACCUUGUCAGACGUCCUGCAGUACGUCAAGUUACCUGUGGUGCCACACGCCGAGUGCAAGACUAGCUACGAGUCCCGGUCGGGCAACUACAGCGUCACAGAGAACAUGUUCUGUGCCGGCUACUACGAGGGUGGCAAGGACACGUGCCUGGGGGACAGCGGCGGCGCCUUUGUCAUCUUCGAUGACUCAAGCCAGCGCUGGGUGGCCCAAGGCCUGGUGUCCUGGGGGGGGCCCGAAGAAUGUGGCAGCAAGCAGGUGUAUGGGGUCUACACCAAGGUCUCCAACUACGUGGACUGGGUGUGGGAGCAGAUAGGCUCCCCGCAGGGCCUGGGGGAGCUCCAGGUGGAGCGGUGAGCUGCCUGACGUCCUCGGGGCGCCUGCCCUGGCCAGCCCGAGCGAGGCUGCACCACACACUCCCAAAGACAGCGCACUCCAUGUUACUCACGUGACCAGUGGGACGGACCACGCUGCUCCCACCCUCCCAAGACAGUCCCUGGGACCCUGAGAGCCAACAGUGUGGUACAGGAAAAAGGCCUUACACAGGAGACCUGGGUCGCUGGCCCUGGGCGAGUCCCCUCCCCUCUCCAGGCCUCCUUCUCCCCGCAGUACAGUGAGGGAGCUAGACUGGGGCCAGUACCCGCCUACUCCUCUCCCAAGUGCUCACUCCAGGGGCCUCGUUCACUCCUAGUCAUUUGUCAAACCCAGUGGCCCUGGUCUCACUCUUGCCGUAACCGAGCUUGGACCUGACUGUUAGAAAAUGUUUCCUUGCCUUGAGCUAAGUCCUUGUAUUCUCCCAGCUUUGCCCUCUGGGUACAUUCUAGCAGAAAACUCCUCAGGUUUGGGGAGACAGGGCUGACACCCCGAGGCCCCUCUCUCCACGUGUAAUGCCUUGUAGUACUUUUGUCCCUGGGUUUUGUCUCCCAAAACUUCUCGCAGUCCAAGCCUUAUCCCUUCUGUUCCCUGUUAAAGGAACUUCAAAGGACAAAGAGAAAGCUGGGAAGCUCUGUGGUGACUGGGGAGAGGAGAAGAGCAGUGGGGGGCUCCCCAACCCCAUUAAAUUCCCACCAACAACUCAGAACACAUCAUUUGGACCCAUACGUCACUCUCAAAUACCAGCUGACCACAUGGGUGUCCACACCUGACACUCCAGACGAGCACGAAGCAACUUUCCAGCCUUGAAAUGUGUCAUCUGAAAAGGCUACCUGAGCCUCAGGCUCAGGUGUGGAGACUCAACUGGAUUGGAGAAAGAGAAGGCUCACAGCGUGCUCCGCUGUGCCUCUGGACAGGGAAACAUAAGAAGGAGGGCUCAGGACACAGGAGGGACCGCCAGCAUGUCUGUGGUCUGAGCUCUACAGAGAACACACCCAGCAUGGAUGUUCAGAGGGAUCCAGUCCUCCGGUUUCCAGGAGCAGC